CGGCGCGAAGGAGGAGGCCGGGUCCGGCGGCGCAGGGGGUGGCGGCAGCCGAGUGGAGCUGCUGGUCUUCGGCUAUGCCUGCAAACUGUUUCGGGACGACGAGCGGGCCCUGGCCCAGGAGCAGGGACAGCAUCUCAUCCCUUGGAUGGGGGACCCCAAGAUCCUCAUCGACAGGUCGGUUCCUCCCCCGCCCGCCGCCUCUCCCCUCCCUCGCCCGCUUGAUUUCGCCUGAUGUUGACUCGGUGGCCGGGACCGGACCGAGGUCUUGCGGAGCCGCGGGGCGCGUUCGGGGAGGGGACGGUGAAGCCCGCCCUGAGGCUCUACGGGAGCGACUCACCGGGUCGGGAGCCAGGGCGCUUUGCUCCUGAAACCUCUUUGGGACCCGGAGUCGGCCUGAACCUUUCUUGCCCCGGCGCCUACGCCCCUCGCGCGGUCGAUCUCUGGCUGGCGGAAGGUCGGGGCGAAGUCAGCUGGAAGCGGGUUGCCCCCUGCGAAUCCUGAUCUACUCCGGGGGUCGCGAUCUUAGGGCUGGUUUCACUGUCUCCUAAAACCGAAGGGUGGAGCUGGGCUCCCGACGUGUUGUCACUUCUCAAAUCACGCCCGUUUUAGGUGAUUCUCCAGGGGAUUCAGCGAUCUUGGGUUAGGGCGGAGGGGCCCGGGAUGGGGAUUCCUAAAGGUGCUUGAUUUGAAAAGGAUGACGUUACGUGAUGUAGGUUGUUUGCUCCCGCCUCUCUCACUUUUUCAGUCCCCUUUCUUCCUUCUCCUAUCCUAAGGGGUUUGACACUUUUUGCCAGUUGGGCAACACUACUUCUGGGGCCCGGACUGAAAGGCUAACAGUGACCAGCCAUUAAGCUGUGGAAUAGUCUUCCAAGGGAAGGAAGCCCGUCGUUUGAGACAAUUAAAACUGGAUUCUGCAAAGCCCUGGAACAUGACUGUAGGGAUGACCUCUGAGCUGGCCAGAAUGGACACAUUAAUGGCCAAAUAGGCCUUUGCCAUCCCUGAUGUUUCCACCUGAAGGUGGAUCUAGGAAGCAAGGACUCCUGGAGGGAGGGGAACUGAUCAGAUCAGCUCUGGACCCGAUGGCUCCAGCUCUGCUCAAACACUGAGCCUUGAACCUCCAUGGUUUACUGCUAAUGAUGUUGCCUGUUACAGGCUUGCUUUCCAAAGUGUGUCUUGUCACAUGUAUCAUUAAAGCUCUGGUCUUGAUACAGUCUGCAUAUCAUUCUGUACAUGAUUUGAGUCAGGUCUCCCAAAACCGGUGGGGAGCAAACGCUACACAUGUACACGUGUAAUAUUUUUAAAUAAUAAUCUACAUUUGUAAGUUAAGGAGGUUUACAUCAAAGUAAAACUAAUUUUUAAAUUUAAUAAAAUUCAGUACUUGGGUUCCUUGGAAUCUUUGGCCUUUUUUUUUCUAUGAAUGCCUGUUUUUUCUGUUAAUUUGGUUCCUAUUUCAAAAGUCAGCACUGAUAAGUUAAGCAGACUUUUGUCACUUUACAUUUGUUUUUGCAACUCAAAAUCUGAGUUUUUUUUUUUAAUUUACUAACUCAUUAUAUGAUAGUUAUAUGUUGACAACAUCAUCCUUGACCCUCUCAUGUUAAAACAUAGCAGAAGCCGGGGAUUUAGCUCAGUGGUUUCGCCGCCUGCUGCGCAAGCGCAAGGACCUGAGUUCGAUCCCCGGUUAAAAACAAAACAAAAAAACAUAGCAGAAAGUGUUGUUAUUUUCUAUUUGGUACUUACUGGCCCAUGCAGGAAAAACAUGGAUCUGUCUUCCCUUAUUUUGUUUCCUGAGGUAUAAAGUUUAGAAGGAAGUACUGGUACUGCAUCCUCUAAUGGUUUUGUCCUUUUCCAGUGAACCUCCUUAAACUGCAUGUAUAUGUCACUGUUCCUAUGUAUGUGUGUCUCUCUACCACAUAACCCAGCACUUCUUUCCUCAGCCAAGUGGCUAGGGGGCGAGCCUAGCCAAGAUUUUACCUCCAAUGGACGCAAGUGUCUUUGAUGAAGAUCUCUCCUGAGCGUUCGGGACUAGCAGAAAGAAGCGAGGAAAUUUCGACCGUUUGGUUCUUACGGAUAGGUAUUUAUGUAUUUGGUUUGUGUGAAUGUAAGCUAUUAUAUUUAACUUUUCAGAAAAAAGUUUGUUUUUUGUUUUUUGUUUUUUUUGCAAGUGGCAUUGAAUGGUUGACCCAACCGUACACGGUAAGAGCUGCUAGUAAGGCAAAUGCUAUUUAUGAUGAGAGGACUGUCCGCCUUAGUUAUUAGUCUUAAUGUGCUAUAGAGCGGAGUUCAGACUUUGUUAAGAUAACAUGAGUUUAAAAGUAGGUGAGAUGUGACUAGCCACGUUAACUAUAAAUCUGGGAAGAGUUUGACAUGUUUUAACAACUUUUAUUUCGAUAUUUUAAUUGGUAAGUAUGUACCUAGAGUGUCACAAGCAACCAGCCGAGUCGGUGACUUCUGUCUGCUGACCAGCGUGUUCGCAUUACAGAUACGAUGGGCGCGGUCACCUGCAUGACCUCUCUGCGUAUGAUGCCGAGUAUGCCACUUGGAACAGAGACUACCAGCUGUCGGAAGAGGAGGCGCGAGUAGAGGCGCUGUGUGAUGAAGAGAGAGGAAGAGUACAAGCGAUUGAGUGAAGCCCUGGCGGAGGAUGGGAACUACAGCGCUGUAGGGUUCACUUAUGGCAGUGACUACUAUGACCCAUCAGAGCCCACGGAGGAGGAAGAACCUUCGAAACAGAGAGAAAAAAAUGAGGCUGAAAACUUGGAAGAAAACGAAGAGCCUUUCAUUGCUCCAUUAGGACUGAACGUCCCCCCAGAUGUGGAGCUGCCACCCACUGCCAAGAUGCACGCCAUCAUCGAGCGCACGGCCAACUUCGUGUGCAAGCAGGGAGCGCAGUUUGAAAUAAUGCUGAAAGCCAAGCAGGCCCGGAACUCUCAGUUUGACUUCCUGCGUUUCGAUCACUACCUCAAUCCCUACUACAAGUUCAUCCAGAAGGCUAUGAAGGAGGGACGAUACACAGUGUUGGCAGAAAACAAGAACGAAGAGAAAAAAAAGUCGGGGACGAACUCUGACAAUGAGGAUGAAGAUGAGGAGGAAGAUGGGAGUUACCUGCACCCAUCUCUCUUUGCCUCCAAGAAGAGCAGCCGCCUUGAAGAGCUGAUGAAGCCCUUGAAGGUGGUGGACCCAGACCACCCCUUAGCAGCCCUGGUGCGGAAAGCGCAAGCUGACAGCUCUGCCCCCACCCCACACACCACAGAUGGCACGCCCACACAGCCCUCCCAGGUGGAGUACACGGCAGACUCACCUGUGGCAGCCAUGUACUACAGCUACUACAUGCUGCCCGACGGCACCUACUGCCUGGCACCACCGCCCCCAGGGAUCAACGUGGCCACCUACUACAGCACGCUGCCUGCCGGGGUGACCGUGUCCAGUUCCCCUGGAGUGACGACCACCGCACCACCACCCCCUGGGACCACGCCACCGCCACCACCAACCACCGCCGAGACAAGCAGUGGGGUGACCCCUACCACCACCACCACAAGUGCUCUUGCUCCUGUGGCCGCCAUCAUCCCCCCACCCCCCGACAUUCAGCCUGUGAUUGACAAGCUGGCAGAGUACGUCGCUCGGAAUGGCCUUAAAUUUGAGACCAGUGUUCGCGCCAAGAACGACCAGAGGUUUGAGUUCCUGCAGCCAUGGCACCAAUACAACACCUACUAUGAGUUUAAAAAGCAGUUCUUCCUCCAGAAGGAAGGGGGCGACAGCACACAGCCUGUGUCUGCACCAGAAGAGGCCCCCUCAGACGCUGCUCCGGAGAAGCCAAGUGAUGCUGGGGAGGACACUGUGCCUGAGGAUGCCGCUGAGGCAGGGGGCAGAGGUGGCCCCAGUGGGAAGAAGGAUGCAGCGUCCAGUAAGGGUGUGGUGGACGGGAAGCUGGUGAAAGCUUCAUUUGCUCCAAUAAGCUUUGCCAUCAAGGCAAAAGAAAAUGAUCUACUUCCCCUGGAAAAAAACCGAGUUAAGCUAGAUGAUGACAGUGAUGAUGAUGAAGAAAGCAAAGAAGGCCAAGAAAGUUCUAGUAGUGCUGCCAACACUAGCCCAGCUGCGGCCCCGCCCUGUGUAGUUGUCGAGGAAAAGAAGCCCCAACUUACCCAGGAGGAGCUAGAAGCAAAGCAAGCAAAGCAGAAGCUGGAGGACCGCCUCGCAGCUGCUGCCCGGGAGAAGCUUGCCCAGGCGUCCAAGGAAUCAAAGGAAAAACAGCUCCAGGCAGAACGUAAAAGAAAAGCGGCUUUAUUUUUACAAACCUUGAAAAAUCCUCUGCCCGAAACCGAAGUUGGAAAACUUGAGGAGAGCCCUUUCAGUGUAGAGGAAGCUGGUGCCACGCCCUGUCCACUACUGAGCGGAAGCAGACCCCUGCCCACUUUAGAAGUGAAGCCACCAGAAAGGCCUUCAAGCAAAAACAGAGACCCACCGAGGGAGGAAGAAAAAGAGAAGAAGAAGAAAAAGCACAAAAAGCGGUCUCGGACUAGAUCCCGCUCUCCCAAGUAUCACUCGUCGUCAAAGUCCAGGUCCAGGUCCCACACGAAAGCAAAGCACUCGCUCCCCAGUGCCUACCGCACGGUGCGGCGGUCCAGGUCCCGCUCCCGGUCCCCUCGGAGGAGAGCCCACUCCCCUGAGAGACGGCGGGAGGAAAGAAGUGUCCCCACUGCCUACCGGAUGAGCAGUAGCCCCGGGGCCAGCAGGAAACGAGCCCGUUCCAGAAGUCCUCACGAGAAGAAGAAGAAGAGGCGGUCGCAGUCUCGGACUAAGGCCAAGGCUCGGUCUCAGUCGGCGUCCCCAAGCAAGCGGGCAGCACAGCGGCCGGCGGCGCCCUCGGCCCACUCGGCCAGCAUCUCUCCUGCGGACAGCCGGGGCUCCAGCCAGGAGCGCUCCAGGGGAGUUUCUCAGGAAAAAGAAGGUCAGAUCUCUUCGGCCAUCGUUUCUUCUGUGCAGAGCAAAAUAACUCAGGACCUCAUGGCCAAAGUCAGAGCAAUGCUCGCAGCUUCCAAAAACCUGCAGACCAGCGCCUCCUGAGACCAGGCCGGGCCCAGCAGCUGCUUUGCGCACGCGCGCUCCAGCAGACACCCUGGGCGGGGUGGCUUUUGUAAAUUAAUUUUUGAUGAUAUUUUCAGUUCCAGAUUUUUGACCAGCAGUCUCUUACCUGUAUAUUUGUAAAUACUAUCAUGUUUCUGUGAAAAUGUAUUAUCAAAUAAAAUGGGAAGAAACCUUUUCUAGCCA